AGGGUCAACGACAUUUAACCAAAUACAGGCUAUUAUUAAAACACCAGUCUAUACAACUUUUAGAAUCAUGGCCACCAACAUCAUAAUAACACAUAACACAACGAUACCGUUCAGUCGCUCUAACGCACACAAAAUGCUCACUACGAUACUACUCGCGUCUCUCAUUUUACUAGUUGCGUAUUUAUACUAUGUGUCAACUAAGAAAUUUAACUACUGGAAGAAAAGGGGAGUUCCAUACGCAAAACCUGUUCCUUUACUCGGGAAUUAUGCCGGUUAUAUAUUGACCAAGGAAUACAUAGGCUCCGAGGUGCAGAAAUUAUGCGAGAAAUUCCCGAAUGAACCCUAUUUUGGAGCAUUUUAUGGGACGGAACCAGUUUUGAUACCACAGGACCCUGAAAUCAUCAAGCUGAUUUUGACGAAAGACUACGCAUAUUUUAGCGGCAGAGAAAUCACCGAUUAUUACCACAGUGAAACUAUUACGGAGAAUCUUUUCUUUUCAGGCGGGGACAGAUGGAAAGUUUUAAAGCAGAAUCUUUCUCCAUUAUUCUCUAUAAAGAAGAUGAGGAACAUGUUCCAUCUGAUAGAGAAAUGUUCUAAAAUGCUGGAAGACAUGAUUGAUUACGAAUUAGCAGAUUCAGAAGUAGCAGAAGUGCGUUAUUUAAUGACAAGAUAUACUUUGGAUGCCAUAUGUUCUGUAUCUUUUGGCGUUGACACAAACCUUAUGGAGAAAGACUGUACCAACAAAAACAAUCCUUUUAGAAUCAUGGGUAAUAUGAUCUUCGAGAUAUCUACAUACAGAGCUUUAAAAGCGACCGCUCGCGCGAUAUGGCCUGGAGUUUUCUAUGGAUUAGGCUUCGAGAAUUUUCCAUCGGAAAUAAAAAGCUUCUUCAGUAAGCUAGUGAACGGAAUAUGCGAGGAAAGGCAACACAAACCGACAUCCAGAAACGAUUUUAUAGAUCUAAUACUAGCUAUGAAGACAGAUGGUAAACUUACGUUUACUGGUGAUAAUAUUUGGGGUGAUAAGAAAAUUGAGCUUGAAGUUGACGAAGAUCUUAUAGUAGCUUUGGUAGUUGGUUUCUUUGCUGCGGGUUUCGAGACCUCAAGUACUACUUUAAGCAUGUGUUUAUACGAGUUAGCGAAGAAUGAAGAAGCUCAAGCGAAAGCGCAUGAAGAAAUCGAUGAAUAUUUGAAGAAAACUGAUGGUAAAAUCACUUAUGAAAGCAUAACUGAGAUGCCAUAUCUUAUGGCUUGUAUGGAGGAGACCAUUCGUCUUUAUCCAGUCCUAGGGGUGAUAACAAGGGAAGUGAUGGCAGACUACACGAUGCCUACAGGGGUGGUGUUGGAGAAGGGUUGUAGGGUGCACCUGCCGAUAUACCAUCUGAACCGGAAUCCGGAAUGGUUCGAGGAUCCGGAGUGUUUCCGUCCGGAGAGGCUGCAGGGGAAAGUGAGGCCGUACACGUUCAUGCCUUUUGGAGAGGGGCAGAGGAUUUGUAUCGGAUACCUCCUAGCCAAGAUGCAAGUGAUCUCCGGUUUGAUCUCGGUUCUCCGCAAGUACCGCGUGUCGCUCGCAGACGGGACGCCGCUCAAAUUAAAAAUGGAACCAAAGGCAACCGUUACACAGCCGACAGGAGGCGUCAAACUACGAUUUACUAAACGAAAGAAGUAAGAAUUAGUUAUGUAGAUUUGUCUAGUAUCAAAACCAGAUGUAUGUAGUAGUACCAUAUUAAAGCUACGCACACAUACCUGCGCACUUACCACGUGUCGUACGCAGACGGGACGCCGCUCAAAUUAAAAAUGGAACCGAAGACAACCGUUACACAGCCAAUUGGAGAUGUCAAACUACGAUUUACUAAGAGAGAGAACUAAUAAUUAGCUCUGAAGCAGUACCAUAUUAAAGCUACGCACCACAUAAGAUACCUGCGCAAGUACCACGUGUCGUAAGCAGACGGGACGCCGCUCAAAUUAAAAAUGGAACCGAAGACAACCGUUACACAGCCAAUUGGAUAUGCCAAACUACGAUUUACUAAGAGAGAGAACUAAUAAUUAGCUCUGAAGCAGUACCAUAUUAAAGCUACCUACCACUUAAGAUACCUGCGCAAGUACCUACCACGUGUCGUACGCAGACGGGACGCCGCUCAAAUUAAAAAUGGAACCGAAGACAACCGUUACACAGCCAAUUGGAGUUGUCAAACUUCGAUUUACUAAGAGAGAAAACUAAUAAUUAGCUCUGAAGCAGUACCAUAUUAAAGCUACGCACCACAUAAGAUACCUGCGCAAGUACCUACCACGUGUCGUACGCAGACGGGACGCCGCUCAAAUUAAAAAUGGAACCGAAGACAACCGUUACACAGCCAAUUGGAGGUGUUAAACAACGAUUUACUAAGAGAGAGAACUAAUAAUUAGCUCUGAAGCAGUACCAUAUUAAAGCUACGCACCACAUAAGAUACCUGCGCAAGUACCGCGUGUCGCUCGCAGACGGGACGCCGCUUAAAUUAAAAAUGGAACCGAAGGCAACCGUUACACAGCCUAUUGGGGGUGUCAAACUACGAUUUACUAAACGAUAGAAGUAGGGAAUAACAGUUUAUACGGUC